AUGUCUUCAUACCUAGACAAGGCUCAGAACGCAUUCAAAAGUAAUGUACAGGGAGCUGCCUCGAGGGUCUCUAACAAGCGCACAUUUGCAGCAGCGUCUGCAUCUGCUCCAUCUCCAUCUUCAGCGAGCCAGUCCACUCCGUCUCCGAGUUCAAAAGAUCAGAAGCGCAAGCGCGAGACCCUGCCAGUCGUCUAUUCUCAGCCGUCAGAAACAGGCUAUGGCAGCGAUUCAUACACACAAGUCACAUACAUCAUUGAAUUUUUGAAGAAGAAGGGAGAGCCGAAAAGCUUCAAGGAAAUUCUUGAGUAUAUGUCGUUUAUGGGCCUUCCUGAUCAACAAAAGCGUACUCUGGCUGCAAUUCUUCGGAAACACGGAAGGUUGGAAUGGAUUACAGACCCAAAGAAGAAAGUACAGGCAUGGGAUUCUGGCAAGUUCCAGCACAGACCUAUCAUCAAUGUGCGAACGAAAGAUCAGCUUCUGGCGUAUUUACAGAAGAAGGCGGAUGCUCAGGGUGUUUCGGUGAAGGAACUCAAGGACGGCUGGCCAGAUUGUGAGGAUGCUAUCACUGAGUUGGAGAAGCAGCAUCGUUUACUUGUCACCCGAACAAAGAAGGACGGACACGCCCGCAUGGUUUGGGCCGAUGACCCUACGCUACGCCAUCCUGUUGAACCCGAGUUUGAGGCUAUGUGGCACCGCAUUGAACUGGCAGAUCCGGAUGACCUCGUUAGGAAGCUUAUCGAGGCCGGCCAAAAGCCUGCCAGUGAGGACCCAAGCAAGCGGGUGAAGGCACCACCAAAGGCGAAGGAUAAGAAGAAGAGGCCGCCGAGGAAGGAUGGCCGGACUACUAAUGUUCAUAUGGAGCAUCUGCUGAGAGAUUUUGACCACUUGAGAGGCUGA